CAACGACCCCUACAUACAAUCAAUCAUCAACUUUAAUCCAAAAAAACACGACAUCCUCAACAGCUUCCCCCACGAUACCAGACAUCACAUCCAAUGCAAUCAAACACAAUAGAAAGAACAACAGACAACCCAGCAACCUACCAACAAUGCCACCGAAAGCCCACCUCCCAAAAAGACUCGCAGACCCCUCUACCACCACCACCAUGCCAUCGAAGAGAGUAACAACACGCUCCAUGACCAGCACAUCCCUCCGCCCACAAACCUCGACCACCACUGGCAGCGCAUCGACCGCGAAAUCCACAGUCAAGAUGCCGAAAAACGUGGCGUCGAAUUUGGCAGCAGCGGCGGCGGUGUCAUCUUCCGCGGAGACGAAAGGGGAGCAGAAGGGAAAGGGAGAGGAUGAGGGACCGAUGUAUUUCUGGCGGCCGCACGAGCGGUACGGGUACAUGGGUCAGUGGUACGAGAGCGAGUGGGAGGUCGAUGGGGCGACGUACGCGACGGCGGAGAUGUGGAUGAUGGUUGGGAAGGCGAGGUUGUUUGGUGAUGAGGACAUUGCGAGACAAAUACUAUCGACGACAGAUCCGAAGCUACACAGGGCGCUGGGUCGGCAGGUCGAGAGGUUCGACGAGAAGGUGUGGAAUAAGGAGAAGUAUCGGAUCGUGGUGGAGGGGAACUAUCUAAAGUUCACGAAGAGUAAAGAUGCAGACGAGCUGAGGAAGAUGCUGCUGGCUACUGGGGAUAGGGAGCUGGUGGAGGCGAGUCCUAGGGAUAGGAUUUGGGGGAUUGGGUUUGGGGAGAAGAAUGCGGGGAAGAAUAGGUAUCGAUGGGGUCUGAAUUUGUUAGGCAAGGCUCUUAUGGAUGUUAGGAAGAGACUGCGAGAGGAAGACACGGAGACGGAGAAAAAGCAGGGUGAGGUGACCGGACAAUCGUAGCGGUCAUGUCAUCUUUCACAAUGAAGAGUGGAAGUGUGCAGAUACAUCAUUAGAUUGUUUCAAAGGGUGAUGAGAAGAGGA